AUGGAAGCUUUAGUGGGCUCAACACCGAUGAUGGACUGGCAAAGCCAGGAUUUGGAAUUUGCAUGGAAAACUUUCAAGCAACAUGUGACAUGUAUGUUCUCGGGACCGCUGCUGGGGAAAACAGAACCAGAAAAAUGUGCCUACCUGAUGAUCUGGGCAGGAGAAAAGGGAAGAAACAUGUUCACAACAUGGAACCUCACAGAGGAUCAACAGAAAGAACUUAAGUAUUAUUAUGAACAUUUUGAACAAUAUGUCAAGCCACGGUCAAAUGUAAUAUACAACAGAUAUAAGUUUCACAGUAAAACACAAGGUGAAAAUGAAACAUUUGAACAGUUCACAACACAAUUACAGAUUUCAGUAAGAGAUUGUAAUUAUGAAAACUCUGAUGAAAUGGUCCGGGAUCGGAUAGUUAUUGGUGUGAGAAAUUCGAAAAUCAGAGAAAAGCUGAUCAAUAUUGGAAAUGAACUUACACUGAACAAAGCUUUAGACAUAGCCAGGACACAUGAACUGUCGCAUGCACAAGCAAAAUCUAUGUCUGGUGAAGAUGCAAGAGUUCAUUCAAUCACCAAAGCCAAGUCAACUAGCAACUAUAAAUCCAAACGUGCACCCACAGUAGCUAAAGUAAAGGAAAACACGUGUACAAGAUGUGGAUAUAGUUACACCGGAAGUAGUAGGCAUGAAAAUUGUCCAGCUUUUGGAAAGACAUGUUUGAAGUGUCAAGGAAAAAAUCACUUCGCAAAACUAUGCAAAACAAAGAACUUCAAAAUCAAAAAGAAAAUAGUUCAUGCAUUAGACCAAGAAAGUUCGGAGGACGAGUUCUACGUCGGAUACCUGGAGACAGAAAUAAACUCUCUUCAAAUGGAAUGGAUUGAAAACAUCACAGUAGAAGACAAAUCGCUACUGUUCCAGUUAGACACAGGAGCUAUGUGCAACGUUAUCAGUCUUCAGACGUUAACAGAGAUCAACGCUCUCCACAAGCUGACAUCACAAUCGGUGAUACCACUCCGUUCAUAUUCAGGACACGUAAUCAAACCUGAAGGGAAGGCAACAUUGAAGUGUAAAUACAAGGAACAUGUCAAGAACUUAACAUUUCAUGUUGUUAAUAGAGAUGUUAAACCUAUCCUAGGAGCUCAGUCAUGCAAGGAAAUGGAGCUGGUACAGCGUGUAAACAACCUGAGUAAGUCUGUCUUACCUGCUGAUCUUGAACAAUUUGUUGAUGUAUUUGAGGGUUUAGGGUGUCUACCAGGAAUACACAAAAUACAAGUUAAUCAUACUGUACAACCAGUCGUUCAUGCCCCCAGGAAAAUUCCCAUAGCCAUUAAAGACAAAGUAAAGGCAGAGCUAGAUCGUAUGGAGAAAGAAGGGGUAAUUGUAAAACAGUCUGAACCAACACUUUGGGUAAACUCCAUGGUAACGGUAAGCAAACCCAACGGAAAAAUACGCGUCUGUGUGGACCCACGGGAUCUCAACAAAGCAAUUUUGAGGGAACAUUACCCAAUGAAGACGGUAGAAGAUAUAAUUCUGGAAAUCCCAGAGGCAAAGAUAUUCUCAAAAUUGGACGCAACUUCCGGAUUUUGGCAAGUUUGCCUGGACGAGGAGAGUUCCAAAUUAUGUACAUUUAACAGCCCAUUUGGGAGAUAUCGAUUCACCCGACUCCCAUUUGGAAUCAAAUCAGCACCUGAGGUGUAUCAGAGAAUCAUUUCUGAAAUGGUACAGGAUAUCGAGGGCAGUGACGCAAUAGUGGACGAUAUACUUGUCUGGGGAGCCAACAUGAAGGAGCACGACGAGAGGCUGAAACGAGUUCUCGGACGCGUGCGAGAGUACAACCUUACACUGAGCAAGGAUAAAUGUCAGUUCAGGAAGGACCGCGUAACUUACGUUGGACAUGAACUCUCAGAUAAAGGUGUAAAACCUGACCCAGAGAAAGUACGAGCAGUCCAGGAAAUGGACCCACCGAGAAAUAAAGAAGAACUCAUGACUUUCCUCGGAUUUCUGCAGUACUUGGGAAAGUUUCUUCCCAGUAUGUCGGAAAAAUCUGCACCUCUACGCCAACUACUGCAAAAGGACAUAGCAUGGCACUGGGAAGAGGAACACAUGAAGUGUUUUGAAACACUGAAGGAUCUUGUUAUCAAAGCGCCAGUUCUGCGUUACUAUGAUAAAAAUAAAGAACUUGUACUGACAGUAGACGCUAGCUCAAAGGGACUUGGUGCAGCAUUAGUCCAGGAAGGACAACCCAUAGCAUUUGCCUCGAGGGCAUUAACCACAUGUCAGCAGAACUAUGCGCAAAUUGAGAAGGAGACAUUGGCUAUCGCCUUUGGUUGCACAAAAUUUCAUCAGUACGUGUUUGGCAGACAUGUCCUAGUAGAGAGUGACCACAAACCAUUGCAGUCAAUAUUCACGAAGCCACUCUUCCAGGCCCCGCCUCGUCUUCAAAGGAUACUGCUGACGUUGCAGAAAUAUGACCUGAAAGUGUCUUAUAAACCAGGAAAGGAAAUGUUCCUAGCGGAUACAUUAAGCCGUGCAUUUCUGAAGGAGUCCAACGAGGACUUAGUUCCGGAUAUUGCGGUGAAUGAGGUACACCUAUUAUUGUACUUGCCUGUGUCACCAGAGAAGUUACAGGAAUUCCGCAAAGCUACAGCUGAAGAUGUAGAGUUACAACAACUUCAGAAAGUUGUUUUGGACGGUUGGCCGGACAGGAGGGAUCAAAUAUCAUUAAAUAUUAGACAAUAUUGGGAUAGUCAGGAUGAGAUAUCUUGUGUGGACGGCUUACUGUUUAAAGGACACAAACUUGUAGUUCCCAGAACCCUACGUCCGGAGAUGUUGAAAAUCAUUCACAGCUCGCAUCUUGGAAUUGUCAAAUGUAAGUCACGAGCAAGGGAUACAUUAUUCUGGCCAGGCAUGUCUUCAGAAGUAGAAGAUGUCGUCUCAAAAUGUUCAGUUUGUGCACAGCACAUCAACCGGAACCCGAAAGAACCCCUGGUGGAAACAGAAAUUCCUAAUAGGCCCUGGUCAAUAGUGUCAGCAGACAUAUUCGAGUACAAGGGACAAAACUACCUGUUAUCCGUUGACCAUUACUCGAAAUGGCCGGAAGUAGCAAAACUUGACAACAUGAGUAGUAACAAUACCAUUCAGUAUAUCAAGAGUCAGUGUUCCAGAUAUGGAAUAAUGGACAAAUUAAUUACGGACAAUGGCCCGCAAUUUGCAAGUGCAGAAUUCAACGAGUUCACAAAACAGUAUGGAAUUCAACAUGAAACCUCCAGCCCUCACUAUGCACAGUCUAAUGGACAGGCUGAACGUUGUGUACAAACCGUGAAGAAUCUUCUUCGUAAAGCUGACAAUGGUGAUCCAUACAAAGCCUUGUUAGUAUACAGAAACACAGCUAUUGAGGACAUAAAACUUUCUCCUGCGCAAAUGUUUCUGGGCAGACGCUUAAAGUCUUACUUACCAACGACUGCACCUCUUUUAAGUCCAGGUGUGAUACAGCCAAAUGACUUGAAAUCGCAUAUGAAGGCAAGACGAGUAAAACAGAAGUUUUACUAUGACCGACAUAGUGGUCCAGCUCUUAAACCACUAAACCCAGGUGACAAUGUUAUCAUGCAGAAAACACAACACAAGCAAUGGAUUCCAGCAACAGUUUCACAAAAACACCACAACCCAAGAUCCUAUAUUGUGGAAACAAGCACCGGAAGUAAAUACCGGAGAAACCGGAAAUACCUUCGACUUACAAAGGCGGAGUUCCCCAAUAUGAAUUGCGAUGAUGAGCCAUUUAUUCCAACAGUGAAUCCGCCACAACAAGGAACAGUUGUAAAGCCUGAUAAUCAACAACCAAGCACCAGUGACAAUAAUCAGGAAAACGCGAAUCCACCUAUGUCACAAUUUGGACAAUCAACCCCACAGAAAACCAGAUCGGGACGAAUUGUUGUGCCAAACAGAAAAUAUCGUGAUUAUGUGACAUAA